UCAUUCUGUUAUGUUUUAGUUCUGCUAGUAUGAGUAUGAUGUGAAAGUAGUUUUAUUAUCUAUCCAUUAGAACUAACAAACUUUUUUUGUUUCUAUAGUAAAAGUAGAUUUUAGUUAAAAUGUUGAAAUUUAUAAAUAGUUACAUCAAUUUCAAAUCGUAUUCUGUUUUUGCCAAAAUGGUAAAAAACAGAUCAACGAAUAUUGUUUCUACUACAUUAGAUCCGAAAGUCAAGAAAAUUAGAAAGAAACUAUUAUACAAUGAUUAUCUUUUAAACAAUACACUUAAUUAUAGAUAUAAAAAAACUCGUACAAUAUUAAAAAGUAUUCGGUAUAAAAUUUUGAAAAAAAAAUUUAAUGAAGAGAAAAUAACGUCUGCUACCAGUAUUUUAGCUAAUACUCAUGACAAUGAUCAUGAAAAUUCAAAACUACAAAAUACUAACAGUAUAAAUAUUAAUGAUGAUAGUGCGACUAUUAAAACAGGAAAAAAUUAUCUUUGCACACACACAAGCAUGUUUCAUAAUAAUAAACAUGAUGUUGAAUGCAAUAAAACCAAAGUGUCAGUUACUUCGAGUGCAAAAAUAAAUUCUGAACAAUUGAUUUCUAAAACAUUAUUACAUAAAAAUUACUUAGAUGUAAUAAAUAUGAAGUUUGAAAGUGAUAAGCCGAAAAAAAUAUCUUGGAUGAGUGAUUAUGAAAUUUAUAAUGACGCAGUACAAAAUUCCUCUAAUUUGAUAUAUGGAACUCCUGAUCCAGAUUCUAGCAUAACAUCAGUUAAAUGUGGUGGAUGUGGAGCAUUAUUACAUUGUAAGGAUAUACAAAUGCCAGGUUAUUUGCCUUCUGAGUUAAUAAUUGGUAAAAGUAAUCAAGAAUUACAAGGAGUUAAAUGUCAAAGAUGUCAUUUUAUUACUAAUUAUGACACAUGCAUUGAUCUGAAAAUGUCAACAAGCGAGAGUAAUGAUGUUAUGAGCCAGUUAAAAUCGAAUGGAAAUUCUACAGCUAUCAUUUUAAUAGAUCUUACCAAUUUUCCUUGUGAAGUGUGGCCUUAUUUAUCUUUCAUUUUAGGAAAUCAAACUACUGUUUUUAUUGUAGGUAACAAAAUAGAUCUGUUACCUCCAGAUUCUUCUAAAUUUAUUGAAAAUGUCAAAGAUUGUCUCACAGAAUCUAUAGUGAAAGCUGGUAUUUUAAAGAAUAAUAUCAAACAUGUUGGUUUAAUAUCAGCCAAAACUGGAUAUGGCAUUGAACAGCUUAUUAACAAAAUACACAAGUUUUGGAAUCGGAAAGGUGAUAUAUACUUAGUUGGAUGUGCUAAUACUGGAAAAUCUACACUUUUCAAUAUGCUCUUACAAUCAGAUUUAUGUCAAUCACAAGCAGCAAACUCAAUUCAACAUGCAACAACUUCAUUGUGGCCAGGCACAACUUUAAAUUUACUUAAAUUUCCGAUUUUAAAGCCCAAUCAAGCUCGACUUUAUAAGAGAUUGCAAAGACUCAAAACUGAGACAAAAAUAGCACACAUGGAAAAUUAUAAUAAUAUUCAGGAAUUCAAAGAAACUAAAAACAUUGAGUUAUUAGCUCUUCAAGGUCGCGUCAAUCAUACAUUUAAAAGAGAAAACAAACUGCAUACAGCUAUUUCAAAAUCAAAUAAAAACAGCUCAUAUGUACGAGAAUCAGUAGAUUUGAAACUAGACGAAAAUUCUCCUGAUUACAAAAAUAUUAAAUGGUUUUAUGAUACACCUGGAAUUAUUCAAUCAGAUCUUAUAUCAAAUUUUUUAACAUCAGAUGAAUUAGCCUUAACUUUACCCAGUAAAAUUAUAUCCCCUAGAACGUUUUGUUUAUGGCCUGGCCACACUGUUUUUAUUGCUGGAUUAGGAAGAUUGGAUAUAUUAUCAGCACCAAGUUUUGUGAGGUGUACUAUAUUUUCAAAUAUAAAACUUCCAAUUACUGUCUGUAAAAUGAAAAAUGCUGACUAUGUUUAUGAAGAAUUAUUGAAUUCUGAAGCUUUCUGUGUUCCUGUCAACAAUCCUUCAAGAUUAGAAAAUUGGCCAAAAUUAAAUUUCAAAGAAAUAGAAGUAAUUGGAAUUGGAGAAAAAGAAUCAGCUGCUGAUGUUGUACUAUCAAAUGCUGGUUGGAUAGCAAUUACUGCUAAAGAAAAUGAGAAUAUUAUGAUGCGCUCUUGGACUCCAGGAGGAUUAGGAAUUUACACAAGAAUUCCAGCUUUAUUACCAUAUUCUGUUAAUUUACGUGGUUCUCGACUGAUAGGAACGCCUGCUUACAGACUUGGAAGACAGGUGUAUAUUUCUAGAAGAAAAUAAAAAAAUAUAAGUAUAUAAGGCAAAUUGUUAUUGGGAGUAAUAUUUAUCCCAGAUGAAAAUAUAUCAAAAGAUUUUUCCCGAAAUCCUACAUUACAACUCAGUUAAUAACAACAGGGAAGCAUGCCAUUCAUACUAAAUCUGAGCA